CCCGCGCGGCCGAGCGAGCGCCGUCGGGGCGGGCGGGGGACGGAGCGCGCGCCCACCGCGUCCCUGCCCCCCUCGAUGGGCGCGGGGGCGUCCCGGUCGCUGCAGCCGCCGCAGGAGCCGGGCUGAGCCGUCGUCGCGGAGCGCGCCGCAGCCGCGGGCCGCGUUAAGCCCAUCCACAGUAAUGGCCACAGCCUUACCCAGAACCCUGGGGGAGCUGCAGCUGUAUAGAAUAUUGCAGAAAGCCAACCUGCUUUCUUACUUUGAUGCCUUCAUUCAACAAGGUGGUGAUGAUGUCCAGCAGCUUUGUGAAGCUGGUGAAGAGGAAUUUUUGGAAAUCAUGGCACUCGUGGGCAUGGCAAGCAAGCCCCUUCACGUUAGAAGGCUACAGAAGGCUUUGAGAGACUGGGUUACAAACCCUGGCCUUUUCAACCAGCCGCUGACUUCCCUUCCCGUCAGUAGCAUACCCAUCUAUAAGUUACCAGAGGGAUCGCCAACGUGGUUGGGAAUAUCCUGCAAUAGUUACGAAAGGAAUAGCAGUGCGCGGGAACCACAUUUAAAAAUCCCUAAGUGUGCCGCCACCACGUGUGUGCAGAGCUUGGGUCAGGGCAAGUCAGAGGUGGGGAGUUUGGCACUACAGAGUGUCAGUGAAUCCAGACUCUGGCAAGGGCACCAUGCCACCGAGAGUGAGCACAGCCUCUCCCCAGCAGACCUGGGCUCCCCGGCCUCGCCAAAGGAGAGCAGCGAGGCCCUGGAUGCUGCCGCCGCGCUCUCUGUGGCUGAGUGCGUGGAGCGGAUGGCCUCCACACUGCCCAAAAGUGACUUGAAUGAAGUGAAAGAGCUGCUCAAGAACAAUAAGAAGUUGGCCAAAAUGAUCGGUCACAUCUUCGAGAUGAGUGACGAAGACCCACACAAAGAAGAGGAGAUUCGAAAGUACAGCGCCAUCUAUGGGCGAUUCGACUCCAAGAGAAAGGAUGGCAAACACCUCACAUUGCAUGAGCUCACUGUUAAUGAAGCAGCCGCUCAGCUCUGUGUGAAAGACAAUGCCUUGCUGACGAGAAGAGAUGAACUUUUUGCCCUGGCCAGGCAGGUUUCUCGAGAAGUCACCUACAAGUACACUUACAGGACCACCAGGUUAAAAUGUGGUGAAAGAGAUGAAUUGUCUCCAAAGAGAAUUAAAGUGGAGGACGGAUUUCCAGACUUCCAGGAACCUGUGCAAACACUCUUCCAGCAGGCCAGAGCCAAGAGUGAGGAGCUCGCAGCCCUCAGUUCACAGCAGACUGAAAAGGGGAUGGCAAAGCAGAUGGAGCUCCUGUGUGCCCAGGCCAGCUAUGAGAGGCUGCAGCAGGAGAGGAGGCUGACGGCGGGGCUCUACAGGCAGAGCUCCGGGGAACACAGCCCGGAUGGCCUGCCCUCUGAUGGCUCAGAUGGACAAGGAGAAAGACCUUUGAAUCUCCGAAUGCCUAAUGUACAGAACAGACAGCCCCAUCAUUUUGUGGCCGAUGGGGAGCUAAGCAGACUUUACUCCAGUGAGGCGAAGUCCCACUCAUCAGAGAACCUCGGGAUUUUAAAAGACUACCCUCACUCUGCUUUUACCUUGGAAAAGAAAGUUAUUAAAACAGAGCCUGAAGACUCAAGAUAGCCUAGAUUCUCCCACUGUCUCUGAAAAUGGCACCAGAUUCAAGGAUAAUGCUCCAUCAUAGAAUAAGCCUUAAUAACCAGUGUUGCCUCAUUCUGCUCAAACAGACCAUAGCCAAAGCAUAAGAACUCACAGUAGUCUGUGGAAACCAGGACAAAGCAACAGCCACAGAAGAAGAAAUCGAGAGAGUGCUGCAAUGUAACAAACACUGACCAUUACCUUCCUGUGUAAGUUGUUUGUAUGGAAAGGCUCAAUAUUGUAGGCAUUCACUAUUUAAGAAUGUACAAUGUGUCUGUGUAAUUUAUAGAAGCAAAUCUAGGUGUUAAGACCUUUUGGUCUAAUAGAUGUGGAGACCAUUCUUUUUACUUGAAAUUUUGUUGUCUACUUUAAGUGUAUUUACGGUAAAUGUUACUCAUCAACAUUUAGGACUUUUGAGUCGUAAAAAGAAAGCUUAGCAAUGUAGUUAUUGGCAAGGUGACAGUGGCUGGAGAGAAAUGGAAGGCAAAUACUCAGUUUACACCAAGGAAAAGACUGUGUACUUAAUACUUGAUUAAAAUUGAUUUUGGUUAAUAGGAAAUGUGUAGCCGUCACUAAAUAAUGCCGCUUUCAUUGGUUUAAUCCAUGCACGAAUUAAAAAUUGGAAUAAUAUUUCCGAGAUGAGGUAGGCUACAUUUAUGACAGCUGCUCAAGAUGUGAGACAGAAGACUUGAAGUAAGCAGGCUAACGUGUAAGAGCCUUGACUUAAACAUUGGUAUUUCAGAGGAUGUCAAGUAAAUUAAGGCAGAGUAAAUUAACCCUGAAUGUUUAAGAUAAAGAUGCCGUGGGAGAAUUGACAUGGAGGCUGUGUUUUGUUUUUAGUCCUGCUUUGAAUCAUGGCUGUAAUAAAUAUCGGUUCCUAGUCUGUUCUGUGAGAUGUCCGCCCCUCGGUCUCUAAUCACUGCUCUGUGGUCACUUUUCCUUCUGACGAGGAGAAGAGCGCUACAGUAGAAACACCAAUAAGCUUUUCUACCACUGAAAGGCGUUUUCCCCUUCCUGAAUGGCGUCUGCCCACUGGAGAAGUGUCUCAUGGACCUUGGCCUCUGCAGAUCUUGAUGCUGACUAUUGUGGUUUCACAGUCCACUGUGUAUAGAGCUAGUGUGGCGCCAUUUGCAUAGAACAUUCAGUUUUGGAUUGGCCACAGCACUGGUUAGUGUCCCCCUACUUUCACCAACUGUUUCCUGUAUUCUGUAAUCUAUUUUGAGAAAAUUGUGUGGUCCUUUUUUUAAAAACUGUGUCUUACAAUUCAAGUUUGUAGAUUUUAACAUGCAAGUUCUAAAAGAUGCAGUAAUCUUGCCCCUGGUGUUUGUCUGUCCCUCCCGGACCUAGAACCUGCAUCUUUAAAUCUAGAAGUAAGUUUCCUUAAGUAGCAUACUAUUCUGACUUUCAAGCUUAGAGAUAAAGAAGCACAAAAAAAGUCAGUAGAAUACAGUUUUUAUUUUGUAAACACUAAUGUAUUAAAACUUGCUAUACAUUAAAGCAAAUAAUAUAUAUUUUUAUUUGGAUGGUGUAUAUAAAUUGGAUGUUAUAACUAGUAAAUUUUCUUUCAUUUUGUUUAAGAUAUUUUCACUGAACAAGGUCAAUUGGUUACCUCAGUGUUACAGCCAAUAUAAUCCAAGGGGCCAUUUCUCCCCACGUCUGUGUUAUUCUUUAUUGUGUGGCUUCUACAUUCUUGUGAUUCUUAGUACUGUUGAGGAGAUGAGUGCACUUGCUUCCUGUGGCAAUAAAGAGUUCCUGUGCCUCGUGGAUCAAUGCUUAGAGCAUUCCCACAGCUGUGACGCUUGCCCACUCGCCUCCCUCACAGCGUGUCAGGGGACAGGGUGACAUGAGGGCUGAACACAGCGGCCUCGCCAUGGAUCAGGGCUCUACUACUGAGUGACAGCCCCAGCACUCCUUUUACAUUUUUAUUCUGAGACAGGGUUAUUGUCUUGCCCGAGCUGACCUUGAAUUCACUCUGGACCAGAGAGGUUGCGGUCUCCUUGGGGGCCUUUGCUAGUGUGUGAUCCACACAUUACACACCUCAAAUGGCCAAGUGCUGUUGGCACAGCACCAUUUUGUUUGUGAGUUUGUUGCUGCUCUGAAUCUUGAAAAGAAAGCCAAACAGGUUGUCACCACAGUGAGCAGGAGCCGGUAUUGGUCUCUUGUAGGACGUGAGGAAAUACGGUAGCAAAUAUUUCAUUAAAACCCAUUUCUGAUGCGGCAGUGUCCAAGUGUUGCUCCAGGAGAUACAAGCCUGCUUACUUGCUGUUAACUGUGGCCAUCCUCACAAGUGAGGUUCUCCAGUGGACUUCAAGUUAACAAAGUGUCCUGGCAUUGCUAUUGAAAACACAGAUUAAUCUCAAAACCGUGAUGAUAGCUAUUUCCAUAGUGACCCUGGAAAACAAACUUUUGUGAUACCUAAGUGAUCAAAAGCCAACACUGGUGGUAGCAUUUUUGUUUCUGAAUGUGUGAUGGCCAAAUCUUCAAAACUUCCAUGGUUUCUGGUUCUACUGACUUUUGAAAAUGAAGAAAAGCAAUCACUGUUUCUUAGGCAGAAAACGUGCAUCAGAGGUUUAAAUUCUUAAUUUUUUUUAAGUUUUACAUUCUGUUUACAGAUGCUCUGCUGUCUGUUUAGCAAAUUUUUACCAUGGUUUUUAAAAGAAUGACAAAUAGGAGCUGGCUUUAUUGUAAAUUUGUUAGGCCACAUAAUCCUUGGCCACUGCAAUAGUGUCCUUUUGAAUUCUGGCCCCCUGCAAGUCUGAUUCUCUGAUUGUGCUUCUGAUAGCUCCACCUAUGUCCAAGUGUCACCAUAAAGACAAUAAGGGCCCAGUUUCUGCCAAAGAAAAUGUUUUAAUGUAUUAGUAGUAAUGCAGUAUGACCUUCAAAAAAGAAACAUUUGAAAUAAUCCACAAAACACUAAUCUUAGGGUUUUUCUCAGCAUUCAUGUAAAAUAUUGGCUACUAUUAUUUUUCCUUUUUUAAUUUUAAAAUAUUUGAUUGGGCCAGUGUAAUGCCAGCCUUCAGUCAGUCCCUGCAGGUUGAGGGGGGAUCACUGUGAGUUUGAGAUUGGCAUACACAGGAAGACUGUCUCAAAAGGAAAAACAUUAAUUAGUAAAUAAAAAUUGUAUAUAUUCAAGUGUA